AUGCCGAAACGCAAGACAUCGAUGCCGGAACCCAAAGCGAAGGCAAAGGCGAAAGCUUCACCGUCCCUUCCUGCGAUUCCACCAGAUUCGGCCAAACUUCCUCAUAUGAAAUUGUUGAAUGAAUGGGAUGAAGUGCUUCGGGAACAUGGUGCCCUGGACCUCUAUUUGAACAAGAUGCUGGACACCAAGGACAGCCGCCAAGUGGUCGUCACUGAAAACUGCGCAAAUUGUGCGCGCAGCCAGGAGAAAUGCAUUGAGUUCUACAACUUCAUCGAGGAAAAAUAUCCACCAGUACCGGGUGUGGUGUGGGUAUCUGCUGCUGAGCUAGCUUUAGCUUCGGGGGAGAAGCUGAUUUCUCCUCAGAGUGUUUUCACCGUCAAGGGGUUCAAUCGCUCGGUAUGCGCACUCUUGGUCCUUCUGGCAACGAUGGAGAUGCCCGCGCUCAUGGAGGCCGGCGUGACCCUCACCAGCGUCAUUCGCAGGCGCCCAAACUGUUUCAAUUUGCUCCAUCAAAUGGAGAUUCUCAUGCGCGAUGGGUGCACUACAGAAUCCGCUGUGGAGGGACUUGAGGCCUUGGACUCGGCAUCAUCUGUGGCGGCUGCCUACUCGGUUGGUCGCACCGAGGAACAGCUUCAGCGUACUUGCAGCAUCUUCCUGGCGUGUUUGGCCAUGUUUGGGGCGUCUGUGCCCACUGGGUACAUGGCAGAAGUGAAGGAUGAGAUCAUGUCAACGUUUGUGAAUCGUCACGCAGAUGCCGAUUUGAUGAACCUUGUUCAGACUUCGGCUCCACCAUGUGAUUUGUCCAAGAUCGACUUGCUCAAAAACCACUUGGGUAAGUUCCAAAAGAAGGCUGGGGUGUACUUUCAACAUGUUUCCAUGAGGCUGGAGGCCGCAUUGCUACAAACGACAUGGUCUCAAACAGAGCUGACCAUCCAGAGUGACAUCAACGCGUUGCGGGGUUGGGCGGACAAAUUCAAACUGUUCGCGAACCAGCAGGGUGGGCUCGAUCUGCAGUACCUUGCCAGUCGCUAUGAGAAUGGUAAGAAGGCGGUUGCAGACUACAUGGCCCGUCGCCACACCUUUGGCGCCUUCAAGAACCUGAUGCUGUCGCAGGGUGAGAUCGUGUCGAAGCAAGCUGCGCUGGGAAAAUCGGCGUUUUCGGAAUGGUCCAUUGCCUGCUGCAAGAAGCAGCUGUCAGUGCUGGUUGAUGGACACCCGGGACCAUCAUUCCACUACAUGGGGUUGUUUCUGGAGGACGACGCAAAGGUCAUGACCAAGAACAGUUCAAACAUAGCUGGGAUGCUCAUGACACAGUGGUGGGAUGAGUCAGGGGAGGCAGGACCCAAGAGGCGACCCCGCGCCAAGUUGCAUUGCAAAGCUGCUUUGCAGAACUCGCAAAUGCAUGUGGGCAAGGAUCGCAACGAUGAGAGCUCCUGGAUCAUCAACGAGACCGGUGAGAAUGAGUCGAUCUCAGCCCGUGAGCUUUUUGGGUUCAAUGUUGGCUCAUUCAAUGAGUUGACAACAGGAUUUGACGGGGUGAUUGAAAGUAACCAACCAUU